AUGGAAGGAAAAGUUAUCGUUGUUACUGGUGCUGGAAGUGGUAUUGGAAGAUCAGUUUGUUUAGAAUUGGUUGGUCAAAAGGCAAAGGUUGUAGUUGCUGAUAUUAACUUUGAAUCAUGUCAAGAGACUAUCAAGUUGAUGACUGAAUUGGAUGCUGCCGUCGAAACUGUUGCCGUUGCUUGCGACAUUUCCUCAGAGGAAGACGUCACCCGUUUGAUGCAAUCCACUGUUGACAAGUUUGGCCGUAUCGACGGUGCCGUCAACAAUGCUGGUAUCUUGGGCAAGAUGCAACGUGUUGGUGACUAUGAAUUGGCUGAUUUCACCAAGAUGUUGGACGUUAACGUCAAGGGUACUUUUAUGUGCAUCCGUUCUCAAGUCAGACAAAUGGAAAAGCAAGGCCCAGGCAAAUACAGCAUUGUCAACGUUUCAUCCAUCGCCGGUAUCCUUGGUUUCCCAUACAACUCUGCCUACUCUUGUGUCAAACACGCUAUCCUCGGUCUCACCAAGUCUACCGCCGCUGAAUACGGUGCUGCCCUCGGCGUCAGAUGCAAUGCCAUGUUGCCAGGUGCUGCCGAUACUCCAAUGUUGAGACAAUACAUCCCAACAGAUGCUGCUGCCCAACAACUCAAGGCUCACACCCCACUCGGUCGUACUUGCGAACCAUCUGAAAUCGCCAAGCCAAUCGUCUUCCUCCUCAGUGAACAAUCAUCCUUUGUCACUGGUCAAAAUCUCAUUGCUGAUGGUGGUCUUUCAAUCGUCUAA